AUGAAGACGUGUGGUUCAGAAGACGCCGCGUGCGAAUCGGAUGUGAACAGGACGCAGAAUCAUAAAGGCACAUCUAGCAUCUGUAAGCCUUCCGUCUCACGCCACAGAAGCAUCAAAGCUCUCGUGCUGGCGAAACUCAUACAUCUUGCUAAACGUUUGCUUUUGGAAAACACGCCAUGGUCGCACGGCGAAGCACUGAAAAUCGCAAUCAUUUUGCUAAGGAGCAUACCCCCGAGAGGUUACCUGGCAGAAGACCUGUUUCUGCUUUUCGUUCGCUUGCUGCAGCGCGAAAGCACAGUUCAGAGAGUCGAAAGUCAUAACGAUAGUCUUAAUAAAGAGAAGUUAUUCCUAAAAUUCUUAUCAAUCGCCGGUUCCACGACGCCAUUCCUGAGACCACUGGCACUGGUGCAUGGAGCGCGGAUGCUAGCGAAAAACGCUAGAGUGUAUGAAAUGAGCUGUCAAAUUCAGAGGAAUUGCACUGAGUGGAACCUGGAAAAGCAUCAUGCAGCGCAAUUUUACAAGUGGAUAGUGAAGCACUCGGACACUAUCUGCAAUUCCGGCGUCGAUUUCACCUCUGAUUACAGAAUUGAGUUGGAGCACAUCCUCAUGAGUUGUGCGGAACUUAGAACACUGCCGAAUGAAUCGAUCUUUAGAUUAUUCAUCGAAUCUCAUACGGAUCAGCCAGAGAAGAUCGCACGUGUCGUGGACGCUUUUAUUUCGCUUUUCCCCCGAGUUGACUUCCUAAGGAAGUACCGAGCCUACCAUAUCGCAGACCAAAACAACGUACGGUAG